AAAUGACGGGAGUGACUCCGUUUUGGCUCUCGGGCUAGCAGCUAGCUGUUGCUCUGGUCGGGUCAGUUCUCCCGCUCUGAUAUUAUUAUAAACACUAUAUACUACAGGUUAACGUUAACGGAGAGCUGCUCGGUGCUCCGCUCUGAAUCUCAACCGUUCUUCAUCCGAGGAGGAUGAACGGAGAGGACGACUUCAUGUCCGCGAACCAGUCCGAUGACGGAGGCGGCACUCCGGUUCAGGAUGAACACCCGGCGUCAGACGGCGAGGAGGCGAAGAGCGACGGACAUCAAUCUGAGGACGACGGCAGCAACGAAGACGCCACCCGCGCCACGGAGACCGGCGGGGCGGCCAGCGGCUCCGACAACGAGGGGCACAGAGGAGCCGACAGCGACUCAGAGGGUGAGGCCCCCCGGCGCCGCGAUGACGACAGCGACAAGAGCGACUCGGAGGCGGAGGCUCGGAGGCCCGCUGACAGCGACGACGACGGUGGCGCUCCGGUCAAACGCAGGGUGAGCGCUUCGGACAACGAGGAGUCGCCGCCCGUCAAACGUAGAGCUUCGGAUAACGAGGAGGGGGGAAGCUCGCCGCCUCACGCCAGACGCAGGGGGAGCAGCUCGGACAUGGAGGAGGAGGCGGCCGAGAGGCCAAAAGCAGCCGUAGACAGCGACUCGGAGAACGAGGACGCCACCAAACCCGCGGCGCCUUCCGGCCGCCGGUCCAACGCUGACAGUGACUCUGACACAGAGACGCCUGCCAGACGCAAGGCAGCGCAGACAGACUCUGAUGAGGAGGAGGAGAAACAGAAGGAGGAAGAGGGAGGAGGAGGAAGAGGGAAGUGGAAGGCUGUGAUGCAGUCUGACAGUGAGGAGGAGGAGGCGGGGAGGAGGAAGGCUGCAGCAGGAAGUGAUGGAGAGCAGCAGGGGGAGGAGGGGAAGCAGAAAGAUGACAGUGACGACGAGGACGAGAAGCCAGUGAAGAGGAAGAAGGCCAUCCUGUCAGACAGUGAGGAUGAGGAUGAGGAGAAGGCAGACAAACCAGCAGUGAAGAGGAGUCGGGCGGUGUCGGAUGAUGAGAACUCGGACAGCGACGGCGGCUCGGUCGGUCCCGAUAAGAGUCUGGCAGCCAAACUGAGAGAGCUGGGUUCGGACAGCGGCAGCGAGGACGACGAGAGGUCGAAGGGUGCGGCGGGGAAGAAGGACGAGAAGGCGCUGUUCGGCAGCGACAGCGAGUCUGGAGACGGCGAUGAGGAGGAGAAAAUGAUCGCAGACAUCUUCGGAGAGUCUGGGGACGAGGAGGAGGAGGAGUUCACGGGCUUCAACCAGGAGGACCUGGAGGACAAGAAGGAGUUGAAGGAGAAGCAGCAGCAGGUGGAGGAGGAGUCCGACUCCGAUGAAGGAGUCGACCGCAGCGGCCAAGACACCAGUUUAAUGUCCGACUUCGACAUCAUGCUCGCUAAGAGGAAAGCCUUGAACAGCAGGAAGAGGCGGCACCGCGAUGGAGGGACGUUCAUCAGCGACGCCGACGACGUGGUCAGCGCCAUGAUCAGCAAGAUGAACGAGGCCGCGGAGGAGGACCGAACUCUGAACAGUCAGAAGAAGCCGGCGCUGAAGAAACUCACCCUGCUGCCGCACGUCGUCAUGCACCUGAAGAAACAGGACCUGAAGGAGACGUUUAUCGACAGCGGCGUGAUGUCGGCCAUUAAAGAGUGGAUCAGUCCUCUUCCAGAUAAAUCACUUCCUGCUCUCCGAAUCAGAGAGGAGCUACUCAGGAUCCUACAUGAACUGCCCAGCGUGAGUCAGGAGACUCUGAAGCACAGCGGCAUCGGACGCUCCGUCAUGUUUCUGUACAAACAUCCCAAAGAGUCUCGAUCCAACAAAGACCUGGCUCUCAAGCUCAUCAAUGAGUGGUCGCGGCCCAUCUUCGGCCUGACGUCCAACUACAAGGGGAUGACGAGAGAGGAGCGUCAGCAGAGAGACCUGGACCAGCAGAUGCCUCAGAGACAACGACUAAAUCAACCUCAGAAGGUGGAGAGGGCGGAGGAACCCGACGUCUUCUCUCCACCAAUCAGUUCAGGUGGUCAGACGCCUCGGAGAGACCUGGAGAAACAGCUGACUGGAGAGGAGAAAGCGCUGCGACCCGGUGACCCCGGGUUCUGUGCCAGGGCUCGGGUGCCGAUGCCCUCCAACAAAGACUACGUGGUACGACCCAAAUGGAACGUGGAGAUGGAGUCCAACAGGAGCGGCUAUAAGAAAGGCGUCAGCCUGCUGGAGAAGCACAAGCGUCGCUUUGCUGAGCAGAGGAAAAUUGGCCGCCCGCAGGGAGCCGUGAAGAUCAGCAUAGAGGGGAACAGAAUGCCCCUGUAGCUCCUGUGUGGGGGGGGCACACGGUCCGAUGAAGAAGGGAAUGUCCCGCGUUGAUAAACAGAUGCGUAGAAUCGCUGACAUCCGCCGCCUGACGAAGCCGGGUCACGCUGUUAAGAUCAGCGUGGAAGGAAACCGGAUGCCGCUCUGAUUUUACC